UCUGGCAAGAAGUCGUGAACGUGCCAGCCAGUCAGACUUUCCUGAUGCCUGAGGGGAUGAGCUUCGAGGAAGCGGCUGCUCUUCUUGUCAACUACAUCACUGCCUACAUGAUCCUGUUUGACUUUGGAAACCUGAGACCCAACCAGAGUGUCCUCAUCCACAUGGCUGCAGGUGGUGUGGGAACUGCUGCCAUCCAGCUGUGCAAGACUGUAGAAAAUGUCACCAUUUUUGGCACAGCAUCUGCUUCCAAGCAUGAUUCACUCAAGGAGAGCGGAGUCGCUCACCCCAUUGACUACAGAACGAUGGAUUACGCAGAGGAGGUCCGGAAAAUCUCUCCCAAAGGUGUUGACAUUGUUCUGGACCCCCUGGGAGGAUCCGAUACGUCCAAAGCAUUUAACCUGUUGAAGCCGAUGGGCAAACUCAUCACAUAUGGGGUAGCAAACUUGCUCACUGGGCAGAAGAAGAACCUCAUGGCUAUGGCUAAAACCUGGUGGAACCAGUUCAGCAUCAAUGCCUUGCAGCUCCUACACCAUAACAAGGCUGUGUGUGGCUACCACCUUGGAUAUAUGGAUGAAGAAUUUGAGCUUGUCGGAGGUGUUGUAGCCAAGCUGGUUAACCUGUACAGUCAAGGCAAAAUCAAGCCCAAAAUAGACUCUGUAUGGCCCUUUGAUCAGGUGGCAGAUGCCAUGAGGCAGAUGCAAGAGAAGAAGAAUGUUGGAAAGGUCAUCCUGGUUCCUGAAGCACCCAAGGAAGAAUCCAAAAAAGAAGAGAACUAGGGAGAAGAGAUUCGUGCAGAUUGUGAAUUCAUGGUUUAACUCCCUGAUCUUUGGGACCUGGAAAUGGACAGAUCAGUAGCUUCCAUCUUCACCAGUACAAGAACAUCGUGGUUAAAGUUCAGAAGAGGUCUGACAACAGAAGGACUGUCUAAAUUGCUGAAAUGGGAAGUCUGGACCUGUUCCUCCGAGAAACUGGACUUCACCUUGAUGAAAGAGCAGCGUGCUCAAACGGCACACAACCCUGCACAUCUUCAGGUUCUGCACACUUGUAAAGGGGAAAGCUAUCAAAUUGUGUUUCACAGUAACAUCCUCUCCUUGCUUUGCUCUCGGCUAAGCGCAUGCUCAGUGCCUUACUUGGAUGGCCUUGGAUCAGGCAGCGCAGCAAGGCUCUCGCAGUCUGUCCCUCCCGGUGCAGCGUGAAGGAGGAAAGCGGGAGUCUUGCAGCUUCCCGUAGGACACCUGACAUGCUGCCUUGCGGUACACCACAGAAAACAGUAUCUCAGUGCCUUCUUCUACAUGCCUGUAAGGACUAGGAAGUCACUGGAGCCUUUUCCAUUCUGGCCUUUCAAAGUAUUGCCAAAAACCUGUUAUGACUCUUGCUAGCUCUGUUUUGUGAACACUGGUGAUGUAGUCUGACUUACCGUGAAUAAGACACUCCCUUUCCAUGUAUUACAGCCUUUCCAGGGCCGUCCUGGUGGUUCUGUGUUCCCCAGUCCAGCAGAGCUAUUGUAGAGCUCUUGUCUCCCCCAGGGCAGCUGUUUGGCUCUGGCCGGUCCUCGAGUGAGGCUUUACCUGCUGCCCCAGCCUUGGCUCUCCAGAAACAAUCCCGGCUCCCGAUGCUCUGCGGGUAGCUGCUCAUGUAUCCUCUACCUACAAAUUCCUGAAGCCCUUAUCAGGGCAAGAGUGCUAAGCAGUUACUAUCUGUUAAGAGUUUAGCACUGACUGUUUUAUGUCCUUUGGUAGCAACAAUGUUUUCUACAGAAAGACCAAGAUUAAAUGUAACCUUGCUCCUCACUGACUCACUGACCAAUGCUCUGCUCUAGGUGGUUGUGGUUGGUUGUUUUUUGGUUUUGUUUUUUAUGGGUUUUUUUUAAUGGACAAACAUUUUAUGGGCCAAUAAGUAUAGAACUUAUGUAAAACAACUUCAAGUGUCUUAACUCAAUAAAGUUAACCAGCAGGUUUGUAUACUAAGGACCAAAGCAAAAAACAAAAACCCUACGAUAAAAAUCAUUCCACUUAAUGUUGCUUAACUGUUUAGGGCAAAGUCGUGCUAUUGAGAAAAUGGGAGAUUCCUGUGCAUAAUUGCAUGUGCCGUUCCAGCUAUCAGAAGUGCAAUUUAAUGUUUAUUAUUUUACUGAUUGUCUGACCCAAAGGUUGUGCCGUGAGGAGUCCCAGUGGAAAGCAUAAGGAGUUCAUAAGCAGAGGAGAGGCUGUAAGAGCCCCCCCCACUGCCGUGGGGGGGCUGCUCAGCACAGGGGUGCCUGUGCGAGCACCACUCCUGUGUCAUUACUGCAGUCGCCUUCCCAGACUGGUACUGCUGGUCUUGGACAAAGUUUUGCUAUCACCAGGCAGCUUUUGUCGUGUUUUUGACUCUUUGGUUUGUCGUUGCAUGCUAACUGCAGAAGGGGAAGGGAGCAGAAGCAGCCUCGGCUUGCGCAGAGGAGCAUGACCCCUACCAAGUACCUUGAGAUGGGGGAAGGAGUUCAGCUGUACAUUUCAUUUUGGACACCUGUAUUAAAGUAGAAUUCAUUGACCAGGGAGAAGUAAGAAGCAUUGCGGGCCUCAGGCUUUAAUUGGUGCAGAAUCCUGGCCCACUUACAGCUGCUAUCAUAGGUGUAAAAAAACCACUCUUGUUGCCUAACGAAGCCUCUAGUGUGCUAAGCCCUGGUGAUGGCAAAGUGUGACUGGCAAGUAGUGCAUGAGUGUGAUGUGAAAUGCAUUAGACUCUGAGCCUCUUAUAACAUACGGUCUGGUCUGUACUAAGUUGUGUUGAUUUGCAGAUACGUGAUACGAGUGAUACUCAUCCUACAGACACAUGGAAAAUCUUUGUUUAAAAAAUAUAUUCUGCUUUAUGUGUGUAACCAAGUUGGACAGAAAGCCAGUGUGCCAAUGCUGUUUACAUGACUAUAAUGUGUAAUGCUCCUCUGUCUAAUGUUACCAUAUGCCUUAUGUGUUUCAAAUGUUAAUUAAAAGCAUAACAAAA